UCAAAAUCAUAAUAUGAAGAGAAAACGCUAGUGCUAAGAACCGCUGAAUUUAGUCAGUAUUUUUUAUAUUGAAGGUUAUUACAGCUAUAUUUUCAAAUGGAUCUGAAAAAUGAAAUUGUGUGUUGUUUUAAAUUCAUGAAUUUGAUUUUAGAGCCUAAAGUUUUAGAUAAAUGUGAAUACUUGUGUAAAAAAUACGAUGUUGAGCCCGAGGAAUUCUGCAAUAUUUGGUGUGCCUUUGCUGCAUCAGCAAUGUGUACAGAUGCACCUACUUUACAGCAGUUAGAGCAGGUCGAAAGGAGAGAAUUACAAAAAUUAAAUAACUCAUGUCCUAAAACUCCCAAAAGUAAUAGAGUUGAGAACAGAAAAAAUGAGGAGAAAGAAAUCAAAGAUGGAGAGAACCUUCUUGGGUCAGAUGAGAGUUGCUCGAAAAAUGAUGUUCCAAUAAUAAAUGAAGAAUAUUCAAGUAAUCUUUCCGAUAAAGAAUUUCUGGAUGAUUUCAUUGAUAGUCAGUUAAACAGCACAAAAGUUACAACGAAAUACACUGAUAGACAAAAUGCGCUCCAUCCCAAGCUGAAAGUUGGAAAAAAUGAAGAAUUUUCAAUUACCUCUGAAAACAUAGUGAAUAUUUCAUUAUUGAAUGAAGAAAAACCGCUGAGCAGUGAAGCUAAAUAUAUGUAUGAAGUAUUGGGGCAGAAAAUCAGUUGUAUGAAUAGUAUUGCUAAUUGGCUUGGAACUACUAUUGCUAAAAAAAAUAACUGUAUGGUGUUAAACGAAGUUAAUACAAAAAAUUAUAUAGGUCCAAUUGUCACUUAUGGCAGAAUUUUUAAUGAUGGUAAAGGGCAACUCGAUAUGCAUUCGAUAAUGCUAGAAGGGACCGCUGAAUUAAAUUCAGGUCAAUGUGUGCAUUUAAACAUCGAUAAAGUGCAUGAUAAGGCUAUAUUUCCUGGACAAGUAGUUGUUGUAAAAGGAAAGAUGUUGAGUGGCGACAAAUUGAUUGCUGAAAGUUUAUACACUGAUGCCAUUGGUGAUUUAUCCCUUGAACCUGCUGUAACAGAAGAUCCUCUACGAAUAAUAGCAGCUGCUGGGCCUUUUACACUCGAUGAAAAUUUGGAUUAUGAUCCAAUGAGAGAUCUUCUAGAAUAUGUAUCAACAAAUAAGCCUCAUGUGCUGAUUUUAAUGGGACCUUUCAUAGAUGAAAAUCAUCCUAUAAUAUCAAAAGGGGAUAUUGCUGUGAGAUAUGAUGCUUUCUUUGAAAACCUUAUUGAGAGCAUAUCUGCUGCUUUGGAAGACACAAAUAUUCAAAUAGUUGUGAUAUCUUCCAUGAAAGAUGUACAUCAUCAUAAGGUGUAUCCAACACCUCCAUAUAAACUUAGAGAAAAUUAUCCCAAUAUUAAAUAUUUUCCUGAUCCAUGUCUAUUCAAAAUCAAUGACUUGAUAUUGGGUGCUACAACAACUGACAUUAUGUAUCAUAUUGCCAAGGAAGAAGUUGUUACAAUGAAAAAAAGCGAUACCUUAUCUCGUUUACCUGCCCACAUUUUACAACAACGUUGCUUUUAUCCCUUGUAUCCACCAAAUAGUGAAGUGAACGUUAGCUAUCAAUUUCUGGAAUCCUAUGGAAUGAUGGAAAGGUUACCACAUGUUUUAUUAUUACCGUCAAAAUUCAAGACUUUUGCUAAGAAUAUCCAAGGAUGUGUGGUAUUGAAUCCUGAAAGACUAACUAAAGGAAAUAUAGGGGGAGCAUUUGCUGAUUUAUCUAUUUCACCAGGUCAGACUCCUACUGCAGAAAGAUUGAAUUGUAAAAUAUUGAAUAUUUAAGUACAAAUUGAUUUGUGAUAAGUAUUUAUGAUAUACUCAUUAGAUCAUGUUUUUAAAUAAUA